AUGGCUUCCUGGCUUCAAAUCCCCAAAAACUCGCCCUUCUCGCUGGCCAACAUCCCGUUCGGCAUCAUCUCCGCUUCAUCCUCCAAAGUUGCCGCCAUCGCGAUCGGUGACUAUGCCUUAGAUCUGAACGCAUUUGCGUCCGCUGGAGGCUUCUCUCAAUUGCCUACUUUCCAGCAACAUGUCAACGUGUUCAGUCAACCCACACUCAAUGCCUUCGCCGAGCUGGGUCGUCCAGUGCAUCGUCAGGUUCGCGAGUACUUGCAGAAUGUCUUCCGCGCCGAUACCCAGUUCCCUCAGGUGCUCAAGGACAAUGCGACCUUGCAAAAGUCUGCUCUUAUUCCUCGAUCACAAGUUACCAACCACGUCCCCAUGCAAAUUGGCGACUACACCGAUUUCUACGCUGGAUUGAACCAUGCCUACAACAUUGGAGUCCUCUUCCGUGGAAAGGACAACGCUCUCCAGCCCAACUACAGACACUUGCCCGUCGCCUACCACGGUCGUGCUUCAUCCGUCGUUCCAUCUGGCACCCCUCUGCACCGCCCGAGUGGCCAGAUUCUCGCCAACCCAACUGCCGACCCCAAGAUUCCAACCUUCUCUCCUUGCAAGAAGCUGGAUAUUGAGCUGGAGCUGGCAUGUUUCAUCAGCAAGCCCAAUGAUCUGGGCAAGCCUGUACCCAUUGCUGAAGCUGAGGACCACAUUUUCGGCCUAGUCUUGAUGAAUGACUGGUCUGCUCGCGAUAUUCAGGCUUGGGAAUAUGUUCCCCUGGGACCCUUCAACGCGAAGAACUUCGGCACUACCAUUACUCCCUGGGUUGUGCUGAUUGACGCUCUCGAGCCAUUCCGUGCUGCAGGCCUGGAGCCUGGAAACCGAGAGAGUCUCUUGCCUUAUCUUCGUGAGAAGCGCGCCGAGACUGCCUACGAGAUCCCACUCGAGGUUGAGGUUACCAAUAAGGGUGGCCAACCCACAAUUAUUUCCAACAGUAACGCCCGCAACCUUCUCUACUCAUUCCCCCAGAUGGUUGCCCACCACACUAUCACCGGAUGCAAUUUGAGAUCGGGUGACUUGUUGGGCUCGGGUACUAUCUCUGGUACGGAGCCUAAGACCCAGGGCAGUUUCUUGGAGCAGACCAAUGGCAAGACUGCAAUCAAGCUUGCCGAUGGCUCGGAGCGCAUGUUCUUGGAGGAUGGAGACACUGUUACUCUCCGUGGUCUUGCUGGUACUGAGGGCAACUAUGUUGGUUUCGGUGACUGCACCGGCACAAUCCUACCCCCUGUCUCGUUCUAG